CACACCUUGACCGUGGGUGCGUCGAUCCAACGGCGUCCAAAAUGUACAUCACCAUGAUCAGACUUUCCCAGUUUGUACUUGUAGUUCUACUCCUAUCAUUAGACCUGAUUGAAGGCUUUUACCGAGGAGUCGUCGAGACAAAUGCAUGGUCGCCUCCGGGAAAGCGACGAAAUGCGAACGGUCUGGUUGCUCCGCGAACGUGCUCGAGCAGGCUGUGCGCGAGUUUCAGGUUCAAGAAUGUAGAAGAAAUGCUGGAUAACUUUCGCGAAGAGCCUCUGCUCAUAUCGUUCACAGCCAUAAAUUGCGGUCCAUGUAAAUUGCAAAAAAAAGAGCUUCAGGCGGUAUCGAAACUUGUUGGCGCCAAGUUUAACAUGGUGGCGAUCGACACCGAUCGGUGGCCGCGUAUUGGUACCAAGUUUUCCGUAGGAAAGCUUCCUUGCUUGGUUGUACUAAAGAACGGUGUAGUACUUGCCAGACUUGAAGGCCUGACGAAGGCGGAAGUCGUGGCGGACCAGGUCCGCGCUUACCUUUUGUAAAGCUAUCCCCGCACGAUACCAACCAGUCUACACCACCCCGCUCAGCAAGCUCUUCACACAUAUCGAGAAAGCGCUACCCUCUCUCUCUCCCCAUCAAUUUUGUCCUGUACGCAUGCUCUGAACUUAAAAAAAUGCUGAUAAGCUAUAAUGAACAGUUACUUUG